AUGCCGAGGACUUCGCACCUACCGGUUGAAUGCUGGCACCAAAUCUUGGAAGAUGCCAUCUUCGUCCCACUAUUCUUCGAUACAAAUCCAUUGGAGAACUAUUCAAUCACCAUAAUCCGGCGCUAUCGUGACGAGACACCAUACUGGGAGUCGGAACGCGUGCGAAACAUUCUGAGACGCGUUUGCUCGUCAUGGAACAUAUUUCUAAAGCAAUAUGAUCAGCGAUAUGUUCAGCUCGGACACGUCCUGCUUGGAAACGCCCCUCCAGAAGCCCUUUCAAAGGCUCUUCGGAUCACGGCGAGAGCGUGCAUGUGCAAACUAUGCAUUAAAGCAGGCGGUUCAUAUUCAUACGUUCAGAAUGAACCACUCUGGUGGAGGAAAAUCGCCGCUGCCGACCUCGCAGUUCAAAUGAACGGACAGACGUCGUGGAGAGUACAGAUACUGGAUAUAAUGAAUCGUUCGUUUGUCGAGCCAAUUGUUCGGAAACCAUUCCGGCUCGCAAACGUCGAGGUUGUCCUCAACUAUGAGGCCCAUCUUCUAAAUGGCGAUCACUUUGGCGUUAUGAGACCUCUCUUUGUCGAGUCUGUCUGGAACGGCAUCUCCGAGAGUGUGGCAAAUGCCAGUUUGAGACAUAUGACGAGUCUGCACUUGUCCACGCCAGACAUGUCUCUAUUCAAAACGGUCUCUUUCCCCAAUUUGCGGCAUGCGAGCUUCUGGACCGGUCCUCUGCUGACAGGACCCGAGUGUGACUCCAUGGUCGAAUGGAUCAAGCUCACAGGCCACAAGCUUGUUACCUUUUUUUGGAUGGGUGAAGUAGCGGAGAAUGAUAGACUCAUGCGGACGAUUCUACGGCUAUGUCCACGGCUCGAGCACGUUCAAUUCCCACGCGGGACCAUAUGGGAACACCCUUCUCAACCCCAUCAACUGAAAUAUCUCCGACUCGACUGCGAGUAUGCCGAAGUGGAGAAUUGUCCACCAUGCUCGAUGUGUACAUACCCACACUCGCCGGAUAUCAUUCAGUUUCAAUAUAUCGUUUCACGACUUGCAAAGGCACAAAUACCAACCCUCAGCUUACCCGAGGAAUGGAGAACCUUGCUCGAUCAAAAGCCACCAUUUGGUAUGGGUAUAGAGGCGGCUGUAUGCUUCAAGUCAUGUGCAGAGUCUCAUGGUCUAACCGUGUUGGACACAUUGGGGUUUACUCUUGAACAGGCUGUCGUUUCUCAACUUGAGAGAUACCUACGAGGCGAUGGCUCGGGGUCUCACUUCCCGUGGAUUGAAUUUUGA